GCCCCGCCCCGUCGGGUUGCUAGGGGAAGUGACGUCACAGCGCGAUGGCGGCGGCUCCUUUAGGCCGCUGAAGGGGAAUUUAGGCCCGGAAGAUCCGAGUCCAUCCGCGGCGGGGAGAGGGCAAGCGUGGCCAUCAGGGGCCGGAGCAGGGGCGGCGGCGCUCGGACUGUCCUAUCCGCCCCGUAUUGAGGCGCUGGGAGCGGCGGGGCGGCAGGAAAGCGAUGGUGAAAGCGGGGCCGUGAGGGGGGCGGAGCCGGCAGCCGGACCCGCAGUAGCGGCAGCAGCGGCGCCGCCUCCCGGAGCUCAGACCCAGGAAGCGGCCGGGAGGGCAGGAGCCAGCCGGGCCGCCGCCGCCGCCAUGGAGCUGAGAGUCGGGAACCGAUACCGACUGGGCCGGAAGAUCGGCAGCGGCUCCUUCGGAGACAUCUAUCUCGGUACGGACAUUGCUGCAGGAGAAGAAGUUGCCAUCAAGCUGGAAUGUGUCAAAACCAAACACCCUCAGCUCCACAUUGAGAGCAAGAUCUACAAAAUGAUGCAGGGAGGAGUUGGCAUCCCUACCAUUAGAUGGUGUGGGGCAGAGGGGGACUACAACGUCAUGGUCAUGGAGCUGUUGGGGCCCAGCCUGGAGGACCUCUUCAAUUUCUGCUCCAGGAAGUUCAGCCUCAAAACCGUCCUGCUGCUUGCUGACCAAAUGAUUAGUCGUAUUGAAUACAUUCACUCAAAGAACUUCAUCCACCGAGAUGUGAAGCCAGAUAACUUCCUUAUGGGAUUGGGAAAGAAGGGCAACCUGGUCUACAUCAUAGACUUUGGGCUGGCCAAGAAGUACCGGGAUGCAAGAACCCACCAGCACAUACCCUAUCGCGAGAACAAAAACCUCACAGGCACGGCACGGUAUGCCUCCAUCAACACGCACCUUGGAAUUGAACAAUCUCGAAGAGAUGACUUGGAGUCUCUAGGUUAUGUGCUAAUGUACUUCAACCUGGGCUCUCUCCCCUGGCAGGGGCUGAAGGCUGCCACCAAGAGACAGAAAUAUGAAAGAAUUAGUGAGAAGAAAAUGUCCACUCCCAUUGAAGUGUUGUGUAAAGGCUACCCUUCUGAAUUUGCCACAUACCUGAAUUUCUGCCGUUCCUUGCGUUUUGAUGACAAACCUGACUACUCAUACCUGAGACAGCUCUUCCGGAAUCUGUUCCAUCGUCAGGGCUUCUCCUACGACUAUGUGUUUGACUGGAACAUGCUCAAAUUUGGUGCCAGCCGUGCUGCCGAUGAUGCUGAGCGGGAACGCCGGGACCGAGAGGAGCGACUGAGACACUCUCGGAAUCCAGCCACCCGCGGCCUCCCUUCCACAGCCUCUGGCCGCCUGCGGGGGACCCAAGAAGUGGCUCCCCCAACACCCCUCACCCCUACCUCACACACGGCGAACACCUCCCCGCGGCCUGUCUCUGGCAUGGAGAGAGAGCGGAAGGUGAGCAUGCGGCUGCACCGUGGGGCCCCGGUCAACAUCUCCUCGUCUGACCUCACAGGCCGACAAGAUACCUCCCGCAUGUCCACCUCACAGAAUAGCAUUCCUUUCGAACACCACGGCAAGUAGCUGCUCGUCUCGCGUCGGAAGGCAGCGCUGGAUUCCCGGUCGGGUGGCUUCCAGUGGUCUUCAGUCUGUCGUGCACCGAUGAGAACUCUCCUUUUUGCUGUGAAGGGCAGACAAUGCAUGGCUGAUCUACUCUGUUACCAAUGGCUUUACUAGUGACGCGUCCCCCGGUCUAGAACCGAAAUGUUAACACCGGGAGCUCUCCAGGCCACUCACCCAGCGAUGCUCAUGGGGAAACAAAACAAACUUAACGGACAAACUCCAAGAGCUGCCACCGCCAGGGGCUGCCACUGUGGCCCCCCACGUGAACUCGGUUAUAACGGGGCUGGGAAGAAAAGCAGAGUGUGAGAGACCAUUGCAGAGAGCACCAGACUCCCUUUCAAGAGCCUUUCUGCUCCGCUUCCCUCCCAUGGUGGUGACCUGUGCUCCCUGACGAGUCCACUGUAACUACCAAUCUUCUACUUGGUUAAGACAGUUUUGUAUCAUUUUGCUAAAAAUUACUGGCUUAAAUCUGUGUAAAGAAAUCUGUCUUUUUAUUGUUUCUUUCUUGUCUGUUUUUGCGGUCUUAAAAAAGGCUUGACUUUAAAGAAUUCUGAAACAAAGACACUGGCUUAGAGUUUGUGUGUCAAGUGGAGUAAGGCAGGGAGGGGGCACGUGAAUCUCAAGGAUGUGUGUGUUGUGUUUGUUUUGUUGUGUUAUGUUGUCCACUCUGGAGGGAAAUUUCUCAUCAGAAGUUCUAUUACAUGUGCGCCUGUGCGUGUGUGUGUUGUGGAACCUCGUUGGCCUGGUUUUGGCGUCUCACCCUCCCUCCUUCAUAACUGAAAUGCCUGUGACCAUCAGUGCAGUAAGGAAGUGCAAGCCCUAGAACAGGGCGCAGCGAUUGUUUCCAAGCACAGCAACAUGCAGUUGUUCCCCAAGGAGGUGAGAAGGAAUUCAACUGAAGAACUUGGAAGUCGACUGAAGAACUUGGAAGCAGAGGCUUUGUGACCCUACUAGGGCAGUUGGGAGCUCCAGGAGUAAAAGUUGAGGAGAGGAUUGUGAUUUGAGGGACUUUGGGGUUGUAUUUAGUUAUUGGGGUAUAGUGUAUGCUGCCUCACUGCCUUUGAAUUCGAGAAAUUUUCUAAACAGACUGUAUAUACUACCAUGUAGAUUGGCGCUUCGUUUGUGUCAGUGCCUGUGUGCUCAACCCAGAAGGGGGGCUGUCCUUACCAGAUGCCAAGGUUUGCCCAGAAAAGCCAGCAGGCCGAAGGAAAUCCACCCUGAAGUGCCAAGAAGGUGACUUGACUUAACACCUGAUCUUGAACCUUCACAUCCAGGAAGGUGUGUACUGUGCACUCCAUGACCCUCAAUUGGGUAUGUGUGAACUGAUCAGAAGUCAGCCAUGUAGGUUGGGCUGAGUCUCAUCAGAAAGAAAGCAGCCUCCACAGCUGGUGCUGCCCCUCUGGGCUCCUGGCUGCAGUGCUGUGUGGUUCUCUAAGACGCUCUCUCUUGCCUUUAAUUCUGCAGCAGUCACAUGCACCAAAUGGUGGUGGUAGCCAGUGGGCAUGAGCGCCCGUCCUGGACAUGAGGUGCAAUACUUGUGCAUAGGCAUUUCUGCAUUUUCUCCUGUCGUCUGUGGAGAGCAUUCCAUUUGGAAACUGGGACCCUGAAGGUGUCCGCCUUGGUUCUUCCCUUGCUUCCCCAUGGUCCCAUUGCACAGGAAGGCUGACCCUGGGACACCAUACCUGGUGGCAUCCCAGAAUAUGGCUGUUCACGGUCUCAGCUGACCAUCCAUCUGUCCGAGCCCAUGGGCACUGCUUUCUGAAUGCUGAGCUGGUUACUUUGUAAGCAUUUUGAGGUGUGGGGCCUUGACUGGGUAGGGCUGCAUGUCCAGAAGUGUGGAAGGCAGUCAGGUGAGUGGGGCAAGUUUGAGGUUUUGUUUGCUAUCAAGCAUCCUCUUAGUGGUGGGCUUUCCCGCUUGGCGAGGUACUGGGCUGCAGCCUGCGGUGGCACCAGCUUUCCUUGUAAAUAGCCAUGGUCCCAAUGUAGUACAGAAAGACAGUGCAAGGCAGCCUCUGAUGUUGUGAACCUGCACCCAGGUUCCGACCUGAAGUUGCUGUGGACUCAGCUCCUGGGUCGUCGAGGGUGUGUGGUUGUGACAGUUCUUGCCCAGUAUUUAAUCCCCAUCAUUACUUGCAGGAUACCUAGUUAGAGUGUCUGUAUCAACCUGUGUACUGGUACCCAGUCUCUGAGCUGUGCAUUUGUAUUACCACUGUAUUUGUGUACUUUAACAAUUGUGUAAAUAAUAAAUUCAUAAUGACUUCUACCUUU